GAGCGCCCGCCGCCUCCCUGCCCCUCCCGCAACGCUAUAUUCUGGGCUCUCUCCUGGCUCGCCUGCCCGCCUGUCCGCCAUGGCCAACAAGGAAGCCUUUGAUGACGCCGUGGAAGAACGUGUGAUUAACGAGGAAUACAAAAUAUGGAAAAAGAACACCCCGUUUCUUUAUGAUUUGGUGAUGACCCACGCUCUGGAGUGGCCCAGCCUAACUGCACAGUGGCUUCCAGACGUAACCAGACCUGAAGGAAAAGAUUUCAGCAUUCAUCGACUUGUUCUGGGAGCACACACAUCAGAUGAACAGAACCACCUUGUGAUAGCCAGUGUGCAGCUUCCUAAUGAUGAUGCUCAGUUUGAUGCCUCCCCCUAUGACAGUGAGAAAGGAGAAUUUGGAGGUUUUGGCUCAGUCAGUGGGAAGAUUGAAAUAGAAAUCAAGAUCAACCAUGAAGGAGAAGUAAACAGGGCUCGUUAUAUGCCCCAGAACCCUUGUAUCAUUGCAACUAAGACUCCAUCCAGUGAUGUUCUUGUUUUUGACUACACGAAACGCCCUUCUAAACCAGACCCUUCUGGAGAGUGUAACCCAGACUUGCGUCUCUGUGGACAUCAGAAGGAAGGCUAUGGACUUUCUUGGAACCCAAAUCUCAGUGGGCACUUACUUAGUGCUUCAGAUGAUCAUACCAUCUGCCUAUGGGAUAUCAGUGCUGUUCCAAAAGAAGGAAAGGUGGUAGAUGCAAAGACCAUCUUUACUGGACACACAGCCAUAGUUGAAGAUGUUUCCUGGCAUCUGCUGCAUGAAUCUCUGUUUGGAUCAGUUGCUGAUGAUCAGAAACUCAUGAUCUGGGAUACUCGCUCGAACAACACGUCAAAACCAAGCCACUCAGUUGAUGCUCACACUGCUGAAGUGAACUGCCUUUCUUUCAAUCCUUACAGUGAAUUCAUUCUUGCAACAGGAUCAGCUGACAAGACUGUUGCUUUGUGGGAUCUGAGAAAUCUGAAACUCAAGUUGCAUUCCUUUGAAUCACAUAAGGAUGAAAUAUUCCAGGUUCAGUGGUCACCUCACAAUGAAACUAUUUUGGCUUCCAGUGGUACUGAUCGUAGACUGAAUGUCUGGGAUUUAAGUAAAAUUGGAGAGGAACAGUCCCCAGAAGAUGCAGAAGAUGGACCACCAGAGUUACUGUUUAUUCAUGGUGGUCACACUGCCAAGAUAUCUGAU